GUCUGCCGUGAGGCGCCGCAAGGCAGCGCCGAUAAGCUCGCAUUUGCGCCGGCUUACCCCCCCUUUUUUUUCAGCCCAUUACCCAUACUGGAGUUUUGACUCUAGCGUGUUCACCCCCACACGUCAGAAUUGUGUGCUCGGAAUCUCGCGUCCCCUUCCCGUUUGCUCAACCUUCUUACCAAGCCAUCCAAGAUGUUGGUGAGAGACGUGAAGCGCGUUGCGCUCACAGUUGGGCUGAUAUUUGGCCUGCUGUUGAUCAAUGUAAGUCUGUGGGGCACUGACGCGCACUCGUCUAUUCGCGCUCAGGUCGGCGCUUUUUUUGGAAAGCCCUUCGCGCCCAACUCGAGCGCGAACCAAGAAACCCGGCCAAACGGCAAGAGCCCGACUGCGAAGCCUUCUUCGGCCGAUAAGGAAUCGAACGUCGGAAACACGGCUGUCGAAGGCACCGACGUCAAUGCCACGCAUCACGAGAUCUUCUCGCUGUCGACUGCCGACAAGAAGUACUUCGCCGUCAAGUUUGACGACUUUGUCACCUUCAAUCCGAGCAUCAUCCCGCAUCCGAUAAGGAAUGACACAUGGAUCAUAGUGGCCCAGAAGCACCGCCCCGUUGAGGUUGGGAACUUCCACGUCGAGCUUGGGUGCAAUGCAGGCUUUGUCGACGGCGCACUCAAGUGUCUGGAGCCGGCGAGCAUCCUGCCCAUCGCGGCCACCAAGGGGGGGAAAUGUGUAGGCAAAUUCGGCGCCGUCAACUACAACAUUGGCCCGCACGACGCGCGCGUCUUCUACGGGCCAAAGAAGCCCUACAUCAUUUUCGGAUCCAAUAGCCAGCGCGCUUGCUUUGGCAUGUGGAUCCAGGACUUCCGCAUGCUGGUGGAGUGGGGUUUCGAGUUCUUCACCGACGAGGACUUCCGCGCCGUUGCGGAGCUGCAGCGGCCGCCGCCGUACGGGGUUAUGGAGAAGAACUUUUUCGUCUUCUGGGACGGGAACAAUGAGCGCUAUGUCCACCACGACACGGCCCCGAAGCGCGUAUUCGCCAAGCUAGCGGCGGACGGGUCCGUCGGGCCCGACUUGGCGCCGGCGGCGGCAACCACGGAUGACAAAUGCAUUACCCGGUACUUGCCCAAGCCGGCGUCGGAGUUGGAGUCGAUCCACCAGGCGACAAACUCGCUUAAGAUCACCAUGUGCAAGCGUGCCGACCGCUCGUGCAAGCCAAACGACGACAACACGUUCAUCAUGGCCGUCGUGCAGCACAAGACGUACUACGACUACCACAGCGAGUACGACCCGUACGUGGUCGUCUUCCGGCAGCGCGCCCCCUUUGAGGUCUACGGCAUCUCGCGCAAGCCCCUCUGGAUCCACGGCCGCAGCCGCGUCAACGAUAAGCACACCGAGAUGCUGUACGUCGCGUCCAUGAACUGGAAGGCACAUGAUAUCAAGUACCACGGCUACUUGGACGACGAGCUGAUCCUCGGCUUUGGCAUUGAGGACAAGCAGUCUGGAGCUAUCGACGUCCAGGCGAGCGACUUGCUGGGCGACCUGGGGCUUUGCUCCGACCCGGAGUGAGAUGUCGAGUAAGCAACCUUAUCGUCAUUG